AUGACCGAGCCAGAGAAACAAGAAAAAGAGAAGCAGACGGAGAGGCCAACAGAACAAGAUGCGUCGAUGUCUGCCUCUAUGUCUACUCCGCAGGACCCAGAGUCAGGUGUGGUGGACCAAGCGGUAAUAGGCCCCGCAUGGAUGUACAAGCCACUAUUCAAGAUUGGCAAAUGGGAGGCUCCUUACUUUGCCUCACCAGAGAUGCAAUUGUAUCUGGUGUCAAUUGUCUGCUUUUUAUGUCCCGGAAUGUUCAACGCCGUCAGCGGUCUCGGUGGUGGCGGUCAAAUUGACACCCAUGAUGUGAACAACGCCAACACUGCACUAUACAGUACCUUCGCAGUAGUCGGUUUCUUCGCCGGCUCCAUUGCCAAUCGCAUUGGUCUGCGGCUUACCCUCUCCCUGGGUGGGCUCGGAUACUUCCUCUACGUGGCCUCGCUCCUCUCGUACAAUAUCAAUCAAAAUGCGGGCUUCCUAAUUUUCGCCGGAGCUCUGCUCGGUGUCUGUGCUGGUCUGCUGUGGUGUGCUCAGGGUGCGGUCAUGUUGAGUUAUCCACAUGAACACGAGAAGGGAAAGUACAUUGCUAUAUUCUGGGUGAUUUUUAACUUGGGUGGUGUCAUUGGUAGCUUGGUCCCUCUCGGCCAAAACAUGCACUCGACUGCCGGCAACGUCAACAAUGGCACCUACAUUGCCUUCCUUGUUCUAAUGGCUAUUGGAUCCGUCCUCUGCUGGUGUCUCGUCGAUUGCAAGCACGUCCAGCGCAAGGACGGCUCGCGCGUUAUUGUGAUCAAAAACCCAACCUGGAAGUCCGAGUUUUUGGGUCUUUGGGAGACACUGAUUCACGAUUCGUACAUUGUCCUGAUGUUCCCAAUGUUCCUGGCCAGCAACUGGUUCUACGCAUACCACUUCAAUGCAGUCAACCUCGCCUAUUUCAAUGUUCGCACUCGAGCCCUGAAUAGUCUUCUGUACUGGUUGAUGCAGAUGGUGGGCGCAUUCGUUUUUGGCAAGUUGUUGGAUUUGAAGGGCCUCUCGCGUCCGUGGCGCGCCAAGCUGAAUUUUGGAGUUCUGCUCGCUAUCACCAUGGGCAUCUGGGGUGGAGGAUAUGCAUUCCAGAAGCGCUAUACCCGGGAAACCAAGGGUCUCGACACGGAUUUUACCGACAGGAGCUACAUCGGACCCAUGUUCCUGUACAUGUUCUACGGAUUCUACGACGCUGCUUUCCAGACCUGCACUUAUUGGUACAUGGGUUCUCUCUCCAAUAACAGCCGCAAGUUGGCCAACUUUGCUGGUUUCUACAAGGGCAUCCAGUCUGCUGGCGCUGCCGGAAUGUGGAGCCUGGAUGCAAAGGAGACCGCAUACAUGACCGAAUUUGCCUCGUGCUGGGGGAUGCUGGUCGGUAGUAUGCUUGUUGCCUCACCUGUGAUUUUCUUCAAGGUCAAGGACAGCACUGCCGUCGAGGAUGAUCUGCGAUUCUCCGAUGAAACCGCCGCCGAAGUCUUGGGCCACACCAAUGAAAUGUCUGAGAUGGAUAAGCCUCAUACAGAAACCCACACUCCUACCGAGACUCUCCGCGACUCCCACGAGGAGACUACUACCAAAUAA